AUGUAUAGGCGGUCAAGCUCUCAUUCAAGACGUGGAUAUCUGCGAGACGACCCUCCACGUGGUCCAGUCGCACGUCGAUCCCGAAGCCCUUUCCAGGCAGGACGGACGGACCGGUAUGGCGGGAGUUAUCCUGGCCAGCGACGGCGGACGCCAUCUCCGCGGGGCGCCCCAUCCACGUACAACUCAGCGCCCGGCUCUAUGCCUAACUCAAGGCGAACAUCGCCUUUUACCGACAGAGUCAGUUCGUUUCCGAUCGAUGCUAGGGCGCGGUCGCCAAAUCCGUCCGAACACCGUCGCAUGUCUAGAAACUCGGAGAACUCCCAGUCUUAUCCAGAGCGCACGCCUCCAGUCAGGACAAGGUUGAGUAGGGACGAAGCGAUGCCAAGGUCCCCUGCCCCAGACCAACCUACAGUGCGUGCGGGAAGGGCACCAGAUCACGAUACUUAUGGACCCAGCCGAGGCACCGGAGAUCAGUGGAGGGACUCGAAUCGAUUCAGUGCUACUUCCCCCGCCAAUAUCCCGAGUCAUCCAAAGGCAAGCAACGCGUUUCAGAGCCAAUCGCCACCAUCCGGCCCAUCUCAUGGUCCCAAAGCCUUGCAUGGCCGCGGAUCUAAUCUUUCGCUUCUAUCAGCCCCCACGCGUCCUCGCGGAGGCCCCAAUUUCAAAGAAAAUGCAUGGGGAGGAACCCCAGCCCGGCGUGGGUCUAGCCUAAGUUCGCACACGCCGCCGACAGGACCACGCGUGAGCCAUCCGCCGAGUGGACCAGCGGAGAUGCAUCGGCAUAAUGUUUAUCGGCAGGGCAGUAAUGCGGGGACACCGCAUCCUCGCACCCCCAAGUAUACGAACCACCUCGCAGGCCUUCCAUCUAUUGUCCCGGGCGGUCGACUUCUGCAAUCUAAUUUCGAGUUCACCCUGGAGAAGCGCCUUGCGCAAUUAGACGCUGAUCGGGAUCGGCUCUUGGAUCAGGUAUCGGAAUGCCAGCGACAGAAGCGCGCGGGAAUCAGAGAUUGGGAGAAAUUGGACCGGGAGAGCUCGAUUUGCGCCCUGAAAAGUGAGCUGGCCGAAGGCCACUUGCAACGCAUAGCGGAUGGGGAGAGUGUGCAAGCGGCGGCUAUAUUCUGA